AUGGAGCUUGAGUUGUCCACGUCUAUCGACUUCUCGAGUGAUAGGGAUACAUCUAUACUCCCACUUUUAAACUGGGAUAAACAUCAGGCAACGAGCAGCAAACGGCAGGACCGCCAUGGUAGACCGUCGUCACUCGCUAAAAACCUAUCCCAUUACCGCGAGAAGCUCAUCCUCAGCGAAGAUGAGUCCGGGGAGGGAUCGGUAACGGACAUUGACUCGGAUGACGACUCGUUCCAUUCUUGCCCCGAUACACCACCCCUGUUAAACCGUGUUCGAAAGAUAUCUGAGCUUGAGGCCGAGGGGGAGCCGGCCUCAAGCUCAAAUCCCCCAGGAAGUGGAAGUUUAAGCGAAACCUUCCAGAGACCCCAACGCAUGGAAAAUUCAUACCCUAGUUCGGAAAUCUUCCAGAAAACAUCAUAUCUCCGUUCAUCUGGAUUGGGAGGAGCCGGCAGGCAUAGACCACAGCUAUUAAAACAGACCCCCGGAGCGGCUCCUGGGAUACAUCGAGGUUCCAAUACUUCAGGUGGUUACAAUAAAAUCGGACAGGAUUAUAGCCCUUCAAGGAACCCUAAUGCGUCUGUCGACAAAACCCGAACCGUAAGGGCCAGUGCUAAUUACAAGCCGAGGACUCGGACUCCACGCCUAUCCGCAGUUGAGACUGAGGAAAUAUACAAUGGGGAUCUCGAUAGUGAAACAACAGACAUCGAUGAUGUCAAAAUAGACCCCGCCACUGUAAACAAUCGGCUUUCUAUGCACGCAAAACAUGAUGAACUUUCUCUUGUUAGACAUUUAGGGAAUGGUGGAUCGGGAUAUAUGGGUAUAGGUGCGGGCGGAGAGGACGACGAUGAAGAGGAGAUUGCUUUUCGGAAGAUGGCUGUUGAGUUCUUUGGGGAAGACUCUGUAUCCUACCCAGGCUCUCCAUUGGUAUCUAGCGCUGCUUCCUCGAACAGAGAAGGAGGAGACUUGACAUUCGAGGAGGACGAGGAGAAAGCCUUUGAUGAGGUUUCGGGUUUUCCCGUUGAUGAUUUGUGGGAUGACCUAGGCAGGGCAACAAUCACUCGGCAGCCAGAGGGAGAGGGAGUACGAGGAGAGGGAGCGCGAGGAGAGGGAGUGCCUUUUGUGGUGCCGGGGAAGGAUCAUAAUGUCAGUAACGAUGAAGACCAUGACGAUGAUUAUGGCACAAUAGAUGACAGUUUCGAGGACGAGGUUAUGAAUCAUCCAGCCUUGAACCCAGCGGCACACCCUUUACCAACGCUUCCUUUUGCCGUGCAGUGGGAAGCCACCCGAGUAGCUCUCGACCGGAAAAUCCAGUCAAACAGUGCCAUUUGUGCCUAUCUCAAUGGCUUCUGUGAUGAUCUCUUCAAUGCAGAGGAAUAUAACGACGUGUGGAAAACUUUGACUCGGUUUUCAGAGGCCGCAAAGCUUCUGGAAAGGACCAGUGAAGCUAUUUGGACGAGUCUAAAGCAUAAACCUGGAUGGCUCGACAGUACUUACCUCACGGGGUCGGUCCACUUUGGCACCCGAAAUAUGGGGUCAGAAUCUAAGACCCCUCCACAAAUAACACUCAAUCCACUACUAAGAGCCCGUGGAAAUCGAUUCUUCAAUCGAUUUGGGUCUGAUAGAUUUCUACAUCUUCGGCUUCCAUCCUUUCAAAAGCUCUCAAAUGAUGAUUCUGAAAAAGCGCGUGCCCGGAUCACCGAUUGGUUGGUGGAGGAAGAAUUAGAACUCCUGAAUAGAAGAUGGAAGUGUUUUUUCAUCAAGCAUCCCAAGGACAGUGCGAAAAACUCGACUGUGAAAUCUUUUGAUCAAGCGGUAUUUUUCGCUACAGAGGGUGUUGGGAUUGGGGAAAACCUCGAUGAGCAGGAACUAAAGGCAUUAGGGUUUAUAAACGACAACAGGAAAUUGAGGCACAAAAUGAGUGCUCGUGAUUUACUGGAGUGGCAUAUUCCCCUCCAAGGAAAAAACUUGAAAGAGACGGUCUCAAAGUUUUGGUCGAGAAUAAGUUUAGGAUUCUCUGAUGGAACACCCACCGUUACCGUCAACCCCUCGAUGAUUGAAUUUGUCAAUGGUUUUCGAUCUCCUAUCGGCGAGGUGAUGGAUGACGGCUGCUCUAUCAUCUCUCCGGCACUGAUGAAAAUGGUCCGUCGGGAGCUUGGUUCUGAUUCAACACCAACAGCUGUUCAAGCGCGCAUAGGCGGUGCCAAAGGUGUCUGGAUGGUGGAUCCUGACGGCGACUGGAACUCAGAAGAGCUCUAUAUAAAGGUCAAAACAGAUUCACAACUGAAAUACGAGGGUCACGAGAAUGAUAAUGACUGGGCAAGGUUAACGUUGGACGUUCUCACUUCAUCACACGACCCAAAACCAGCAAAUAUCAAUACUCAGUUGAUUCCAAUCCUUGCUGAUCGUGGUGUGCCUUUCUCGGUAAUGAAAGAGCUUCUGGAAGAACAUCUGGAAGGGCACCUUAAUGAACUCUUCCAGACAAUCGAUGAACCCGUCCAGUUACGAAAGUGGUUAUACGACCAUGGGGGCUUGGCAAGGAAGCGCAUUAGUUCAAAAACUAUGCCAACUUGUGGCGCUCUGCCAAAGAAUACGCACGAGAUUUCCAUACUACUACUUGAAAGCGGAUUUUUGGUGCGCGAGUGCCAAUAUCUGUACACACAGGUCUCAUCGUAUAUCGAUCAGCACUGUGAAAAUUUAAAGAAGAAGCUGCACAUAAGAAUUCCCCAUUCAACACGUCUCCUUUGUGUGGCAGAUCCAACAUUCACGUUGAAGAAGGGCGAGGUAUCCCUAAGGUUCUCCAAUGGAAUCCUAGACCCAAAAACCAUGAGGCGGACGACUGUCAUACUUGGCGAUAUACUUGUAGCGCGAGAGCCGGCCCAUUUACCUUCAGACAUACAAAAAGUUAAAGCAGUUGAUAUUCAGGACUCCCCAAAGCUGAGAGAGUUGCAAGAUGUUAUCGUAUUCUCUGUUGAAGGUAACAAGAGCCUUGCAUCUUUACUGUCAGGAGGAGACUUUGACGGUGAUAAGCCUUGGGUUUGCUGGGAUGAACGUGUAGUCGCAUCCUUCCAAAACAGUGACAGUACAUUCGACGAAUACCGUGAACGGGUUGAAGCAGAAUUUGAGAGGUCGGACGAACGGAUGGAAGACCUAGAGCCACACGAGCCAGAUUUUUACAAUCGCUUUUUGAGAAUCGGAAUAGCGAACUCCCUCCAGGAAAACUUCUUGGGGCGUUGUACUAGUGCAUGGGACAAAUUUUCCUACCGCAACGGGAUUUCAGACCCCCAAGCCAUUGAAACAGCGAUAAUGUGUUCUUUCCUUGUCGAUGCUCCAAAACAGGGGCUAUCGAUCCGCCCUUCGAAAAGGGAACAUGUAAUAAAGAUUUCGAACCGACUUGAACAGCCUGCGUACAAAGACCCCGGGGGCAGGGGAAAUAUUUUGAGAAAUAGCACUAAUGUGAUUGAUCGGUUGCUCUUUGUCGCUGAGCAGAAAGUGGAGGAAAUGAAGAUCGCAUUCAACAAUGGCUUUGGAGGGACCUGGAAGUAUGACCCGAUGUUGUCGAAACUCUAUCAUAACGAAUGUGAAUUGGCAAAAGGAGAGGCGGGAGAGCCAUUGCGCAAAACGUUAUCCUAUCUGAGAGACGAAUUUCGCAGGUUGUAUAACUCAUGGCGGGUGGCAGCGAACUCUCAAUGUGGGUAUAAAAACAAUGUUUCAAGUCAUUAUAGUCAGUUCAAAGAGAUAAUGCCACCGAAGGAUUUGCUCAAGGACCCAGUCAUCAGUCGUUUGGUCCUGAACGCAAAUUCCAACCUUUCGUACUGGAGUCUCCUCAGAGCCUCCGCAGCACAUUAUAUGUGGCAUCCAGAACACUCCCAGGCAUUUAUGUGGCUCAUGGCUGGUCGCGAACUUUGUUUUAUCAAGUCUCAAGCAAUGGGGAGCAAGUCUGAGUUUGGGCCACGGACAAUGAUAGAGGAGAUGUAUGUCCCCUUGAAAACUAGUGGGAGGUAUCAGAAAAUCAGGAAGAUGGACCAGGAUGAUGACGAGGAGGAGGAGAAGGAGGAGGAGGAAGAUUUCUUGUAA